UGCUCGUAUAGCACUCACAUGCACUUCGCUUUAGCGUUUCCUGGCCUCAUGAGCCCGCGCGGCGCCUAGGAUCUCUCAUGUGGACUUCACUUCUGCGGUCGCUCCUGCCUCAUUGCGCGCUCUCUUGCAGACUAAUACGUGCUCCUUAGCUUUCCCACAUAUAUAGAAGCUGGCCGAUGAAUCUCUCCCGUUGCACUUUUUCAUCCACAAACCAUGACCAAGCCAGCGAGCAUGGUGCCCAAGAAGACCGCGGACCUUGCUCAGCAGGGGUCUUCCAUCUUUCCAUUCGAGAAGCUGCCGGCAGAGCUCAAAAACAAGAUCUAUUUCAACCUACUCCAGUGCGACACCCAGAUUACAGUCAGGCGCAGAACGGUGCCGAAAGGCGAUCCAGCGAGUACACGUCGUGGCAAGAAAAAGUCAGAGACCGCACCUGUCGCAUUUAAUUGGCAGAAGAAUCGGCGGACGCGAACCUUCUCGUUUGGCAGUCAUGGCGCGAGUAUCCUCCGCACAAGUUCCACCAUCUACAAGGACACGCUUCCGGUGCUUUACGGCGCGAACCGGUUCGCUAGCGAAGGUCUCUUAAGCAUGGUCGACUUCAUUGCCUCAAUCGGCCCGGGCAAAAAGCACCUCCGGGACAUAGCUCCAGCAACCUUGAACUACCUCACUCUGGCCACUGCUACGAACUCGUUCGCAAACCUCGAGCGGCUAGAGCGCUUGUGCCUUUACGUUGUUGCGGACUAUUGGAGGAGUGCCGAAAGCUCGUUUCAAGAGCGUCAGAAAGGUCUUGUAACAUACGUCAAGGCUGGCCACGCGCCGGAACAGCGUCGGCGCCUGUUCGACACGAUCCACUUUGUUGUCCGCAACUACCAUCGCAUGGAUGUGUACACUGCGCUGACUGGAAAGGAGCCGGAAGUGACGGUCGAGGAGCUGCCGGCCUGGCUUAAGCGACGCUUGGAGAAGUGUCUUAUCGAGCGGAAGAUUCUGAAGCCACUUGAAGAUGGAUUGUGAGGGCUAGCAAGCUUACCAGAAGGAAUGCAAGGUGCAAGGAUCUCUAACGACACCUUUUCAGCAUACGUCAGUCUCCGGUUGGAAGGAAGUACGGUUGGGACGCUAGGGAUGGGGCUGCACUGAGGCUGCGAGCAAGUCGAGGCUCAGAUGCCCAACUAGGUCACUUGGGCUAACUUGAGAACAAAAGUUAAGUACUUACAAUCACUUCCCAGUAUCACUAUCGACUCUUCACUGCCUUG